AUGCUUGACAUAUUUCGACGCGGCCGCAUGGCAGUCCGCGCCCAACAGCACAAUAAGAUCAUUCUUGACUCGUUCGUAGAUCAACAGGGGAACUCCACAAAAGCAUCAUUCCUAGGCCUUCCAUCCGAACUGCGAAAUGCCGUGUAUGAGCGACUCGCAACAGACAUGGUGCUGUCGCCGGUUGUGCCCUCGAAGCGCCGGAGAAGACCGCCGCCACUAUCAGUACUGCUAGUUUGCAAGCAGAUCCACUUUGAGGUUCGGGACGUGCUUCUUGCCAACGCCAGGAUUCACUUCCAAGCACCGAAUUAUGACUUUACCGGUCUCACCAGCUCGAUUGAAGCCAUGCCGUGCAAGACAUUGCAAGCGCUCAUCAGCAACACCAGUCUAUAUGUGCGCUUGGUCGUCGAUAAUGCGCCAAAUAGAUCUCAGCUCGACCACAUCAGUGCAUGGCUGGCGUAUCGAGCUAAUGCUGUCCAGGAUACCGGAUCUCGAGACGGUGACGUUCGCGACGUAGGAGCACAUCAGCUGGUCUUCCACUACGAUGCUAUCGUGGCUAUCCUUGCGGCAAUUCUGCGGCAGCUGCCUCUCCUGGGGACCGAAGAGUGCUUUGAGGAGAAGUCGCGAAUGUAUCGCGGACUAGCUAUGUACAAGAACAGGCUUGUAGGAUUGCUUGAGGACACAGACGUCGAGAUGCCAGUCCGCAACAAGUCUGACAGUAGCCGAGAUCUGAUGCCGCAGGUGUGGGUGCCGCAAUACAGAUAA